AUGCAGCAAGACGAGAAAGACCGACAAGAACGUAUCCGCCAGGAUCGUCUUCGACGCUUACAGAAGUGUGUAAAGCAUCGUGCAGCGCGCCACAUCCAGUCAGUUUAUCGAUCUUACGCGUAUCGCAAACGAAUGCUUGCAGCUACUCUCAUUCAUGCGGUUUUUCGUGGCUUCAAAGAGCAACAGCGAUAUGCCAAGAAGCGUACAAGUGUGGUGGUAAUGCAGCACUCGAUUCGGUCGUGGCUGGUGGUGAGGAAGUUCCAACGAGCGAUGUAUCAUCACCGUGCUUCUGUUAGCAUUCAGAAGUGCGUGCGCGGAUGGAUAUCGCGUUGUCGGUUCAACUUUUACGCCCUUCAGACUCAACUGAAACGGAUGCAUGUGCUGAUGUCCUGCUGGCAGAUCGAACGGUGGUACAUAUACCGCAUGAUGAAGUUUCACAAAAAGCGUACGUUAGUGAUACGAUCUCACUGGACGCGACUCAGCGCUGGUAUUGUACGAAAACGUAGUGGUGAUGCAAACAAAAUUGCGAUGUGCUGGCAAUCAUUCUGCUUUCGGAGUCUUAUGGACGCACGGAUUCAGCGACGACGGCAGAUGAAUGAUGCUGCUCACUGUGUGCAGGUAUGGUGGCGGGGAUGCUGCUGUAAAUGGAUAGAACGUCAGCGGAUGGAAGAGAUGGAACGCCAGUACGAAAUGGAAGCGUUGGCAUUGGCUAUGGUCAAGUCGUGCGCAGGACGUAUCUUAGCGUUGCGGCUUUACGAAAAGGCAAUACUGCCAUCACGCGAGAGUAAUUGCCACCUCGUGGUCCUGAUGUAG